AUGAUGAUGAUGGUGAUGAUGAUGAUGAAGAAGAUGAGGAUGAAGAUUUAUCCGAUGUUUUAGAUCUCAAUAAUAUAAGUGAUUAAGAUGAUGAUGAUGAUGAUGAUGAAUCAGAUUCUGGUAAUUAUUUAUUAUUUAUUAUUCUAGACAAACCAAGAAAUAAACAUAAAUCUAAAUCUAAACCUUAAUCCAAGCCAUAAAAUAAACCAUAACAAAAAUCAAAUUCUGCCAAACCAACUCAAUAAUAAAAAAGACCUCCACCUAGAAAAUGA